GCUGUCCAAGGAGGGAUCUUCGAUCCUUCAGAUUUAUUGAAAGAUAUAAACAAAGGAGGCAACGUAUGAUGAAGGGAUUAGAUCCAUCUCAAUCCCAGUCUUUGGAGAGUUCUUUGAGAUCAGGAAAAGGUAUCACUGGUUCUUCUCGUGAAGAACCUCAAAGAAGAUUUAUCCAACUGGAGAGAAAAUCUUUUUCAAUGGAGGAAGAUUUUGUCGGUGCUGUCGAGGUUAUCAAGAUCACAGAAAGAGGUUAUGGGGUUUUUAGUUCUUGGUUAGAAGUUGACAAUAAGAUGAUAUCUUGGAUGACUCCAAUCCUAGUUUCAAUCUCUAAGGGCGAAUCUGGGAAAGUGAAAUGGUCUGAGAGACUUGGUGAAGAUGUUUAUUUGAUGCAUCUUCAAAGCAAUGAUGCAGGAGAAUACCUAAGAUUAUCUAGGUUUCGGAAAGAUGGUGAAAGCAAGAAGUUUAGUAUAUGUUUUCCUGGAGGUGAAAACCGAGAGGAUUGGUCCAUGUUGGCUGAAGUAAUGGAGACUUUUCUUCAUAGGAAACCUUCCAAUCCAGUGGCUACUUUACAAGAUGUUACGAGUUUUCCUCAGUUAAGCAACAAGGAGGAACGAAAAUGGGGUGGGGUCUGGUGAAGAUUUCUCAUAAAACAUCAUGGUCAAAGAUUGCUGGUAUUAUAAAAAGGAAGAUUAAGACUUUCAGAUUUAUUGAGCUACAAGAAAUCAAUAUGCUCUCUGCGAUCUUUUCUAUCGAGGACGAUGAAUGGAAAAGACUAUGGAAGCCAUUGAUAUGGACUCAGAACAACAUCAUCAUUAAAAUCUGUAAGUGGUUUGGCUGUGAGGACAAAGAAACUGGAGUAAUCUUGAACACUAAGAAGGAGGUUAUAGUCAAGCAAAAACCAAUGAUAGGGAAUGUAAGUCUGAGACUCUGACUGUUAUUCCAGUGGAGAACUAUUAUAAGGAAAUUCACUGGUUUAAAAUCAAGGGUUUGCUUUCUAAACUUUGGAGCUCACAAGUCAUGAUUAAGAUAGGAAAGGAGCUUGGAGAUGUUCAUCAAAUUUCAUCGGAAACCUUAUAGAUACAAGACAAAAAAGGAUGUCAUUAUUUUAGGGUUUCUGUUAAGGGUGGUUGUAAUGGUGUUCCGGCGGUGCUUCUGAUGGAGCUUGAGGGGGAGAAGGUGGUGAUUCAGAUUACAUGGGAUCCGGAGUAUCAGCCAAAGGAUCAGCUAACUGAUUUGGACUAUUCAAGGAAAGUUCAAAAUUUCGACGAAAUAUUUGGUGCAAAGAAUCCGAAAAAUUCAAAUUUUCCUUCUUUAACAAGCUAUUCUCGGGGAGCGUUGAACGGAAAUAAAGAUGCUGAUCCAAAGGUGGUGAGCCUAAGUGCAAGCCAGGGUUAUAUUACAGACGGUGUGGGGCAUGUUAUUAGUGAAGAUCAAUAAGCCAGUUGUAUUUUUGUUUCUAAACCUAGAAAGAGUGUAUCUAUGGACCAGAAUAAUCCUAAUAAUAAUAUCUCA